AUGUCUUUAUCGUCACUGUCACCUCUCGCUUCUUUGUUACCUCCAGGAGUAUCCGUCACCAAGGGACUAGAGCUGUUCUUCCAAGUCGUUCAAGAUACGUUUACGACGAACCUCGUAGCAGCUGCAGCGGUGACAUGGAUGGGAUACGACAUCUGCUUGACGGUCGCUGAGGAGGUUGAACUCGUUUGGAGGGCAAGAUGGACGUUAUCCAAGUUUCUGUACAUUGGUGUCAGGUAUUAUGGCUUUGCAGCGGCAUUGUUCUAUUUCGUAGUGAACACAAGCAUGUCAGUACCCUUUCAGAGAUGCCGUGGUUGGGGCUACUACGGAGCGUUCGGCGCAACGACACCUAUUGUGCUCCUGAGCGAGGCAUCAUUCCUCCUACGCAUAUGGGUAGCUUAUGGAAAGAGCAAGAAGAUCCUCGCCUUCGUUCUCGUUUGCUAUAUCGCCGAGAUCGCAAGCUCUCUUGCGAUCGGUAUCGUAGAGGGGCGAAACUUAAUUGUCUUGCAGCGUCCAUCCGGUUUUCCCCUCCCCGGGUGUUUCACCACUGCCACGGUUUCUCUCAAAAAUACCCUGCCGGCUUGGGUCGUGACCUGUGCUACCUCCACCUCCUAUCUAGUGCUAAUGAUCCAUCAGUUCGUCAAUAGUCACGCAUUCAAAGCAGAGCUGAUCAGAGUACGACGUGAUCCCCUUGGCGAGUGGUUUCAACUGCACAAAUUAAGUCCGCUGGUAUACCUGCUUGUCACGGAUGGCCUUCUCUAUUUCGCAAUGAUGUUCUCUGCUAGCACGCUGAAUAUGGCCAUAACCAUCCACUUCAAUCGCAGAGAGAUUCAAGCCACGGGCGUGCCGGUGAUUCUCGCCGUCUCCUCGAUAUCGGCUUCGCGCCUUACGCUCAACUUGCGUGGGGUCACCGCUCUGCAGCGCGAGAAAUUCCCAAGUCAAUAUACCACCAUGUACUUUGAGCCGGCAGACGCACCAAGAGGGGGCUCGGCUGAGGAUCCCCGAGAGGCUUCGAUCGCGGACCGACCGUCUGCCACGAUUGUUGAUGCAUAG